GAUUUCUACGGGGGCAGAAGAUGCAAGUUUAUUCAGUUUGGAUGAUGAGUCGGACGUCAACCAUAAUUUGCCGGAAUGCGGGAGGCAUGAAAAUAGCAGCCAAAAUUCUCCAUGCAGUUGGCGUCAGCCUUUGAGGCUUUGCAAGUUGCGUAGUGCCUGUGGAUAUAUGACUUCAGUACGCGCCUUACAAAGCCUGGAGUUCUGCACCGCAUUAUCAACAACUCACUCAUUAUUCUACCAGCUCGCAUCCACAGAGCUCUUCCUUGUUGCUUCCACUUCACCUUACACUCUCUACCUGACGUUCGUUACAAAAUAACAAUUCGAAAUCACCGUCUUUGCUGAAGGCAACCCACUCAUCUCAUUUCUUGAGUCUCUAUUCACGUCUUCCACAAUGUCCAGGAUGAUUACAGCCAUCACGGCCUUGUCUGCCGCCAUCGUCGGGGUAAUGGCUCGCCCAAGCGGUCUGCAGAGUCGCGCCGACUCCCCGUCCGGCAACUUCAGUCUCUUUGCCUACGGAUCAGGCACAUCUAGUGAGAUUGGAGGCUUUCCAAUCUUCUAUUACCAAGGCCUUUCUUAUAUUGCCGAUCCCGCCAAGUUGAACUAUACCUCCGGAUACGUGCUUUUCACCGAAGGGACAGACGACACCACCCAAUGGAUGGCAAGCCCCCUCACGACCACCAACAACACCUGGAGUGACUCCCUCUUCUACGUUCCCAAGCCGUUCGGCCCCACGGGCUUCUACAAGUCGGGAGUCAGCAACGUGACCGAGAGCGACAUCAUCACCACAGGCUUCAGCUUCUAUGGCACGACUGCGAUGGUCAAGAUCGACGGCUCGCUUUACACUGAGUGGUACGCCGUGGCGACUGGCAUCGAUGGCCUGUGGAGUGUCGGCUGGAAUGCUACCGGUACCGGCUUGACCGAUGCUGAGCUGAUCACGGUGAGGAGGGUGAACCCGCCCAACGUCGAGUACCCCGACCAGUCCGAGUCGAGCGAGUCGAGCGUCUGAAUGGAUGACGUUGGUUGGUUGUAUUUACAUGUGCUUGGGAUGAUUUUUACAUCGCGGCAAAAUUGUUUCUUUACCAUGAGCCCCCCAGCGGAAUCGGACCAGGGGAUGGCGUGGUCAUAC